AUGUUGCAAGUUCCAGUCCAAAAGCAUUACAAAUGUGCCAUAGUUGACAGAAUUUUCAGGGACUCAUGGCAGUCUUUACUCUUUACUACAUCUCAGGGCCACAAAAAGUGGAUUACUGGUAUUUCUUGGGAGCCAGUACAUUUAAGAGCUCCAUGCCGUCGCUUUGUAAGUUCUAGUAAAGAUGGGGAUGCACGCAUAUGGGAUGUCUCAUUAAGGAAAUGCGUCAUAUGCCUCACCGGCCAUACACUUGCAGUAACUUGUGUGAAGUGGGGUGGAGAUGGAAUGAUAUACACGGGCUCUCAAGAUUGCACAAUCAAAGUAUGGGAAACUUCACAGGGGAAGCUGAUCCGGGAAUUGAAGGGUCAUGGCCAUUGGGUGAACUCUCUUGCAUUGAGCACUGAGUAUGUUCUUCGUACUGGGGCAUUCGAUAAUACUGGAAAACAGUAUUCAUCUCCGGAGGAAGUGAAAGAGGUAGCUCAACAACGGUAUGCCAAAAUGAAAGGCAAUGCCCCAGAAAGGCUAGUUUCAGGGUCUGAUGAUUUCACCAUGAUCUUAUGGGAACCAGUUAUUAGCAAGCACCCUAAGGCUCGUUUGACAGGUCAUCAACAGCUCGUGAACCAUGUUUACUUCUCACCUGAUGGUCAAUGGGUGGCAAGUGCCUCCUUUGACAAAUCUGUCAAGUUAUGGAAUGGUAUCACAGGAAAAUUCGUUGCAGCUUUUCGUGGGCAUGUGGGGCCUGUAUACCAAAUAAGUUGGUCUGCUGACAGUAGGCUUCUCUUAAGUGGAAGUAAGGACUCUACACUAAAGGUUUGGGAUAUCCGUACACAAAAAUUGAAACAGGACCUUCCGGGACAUGCAGAUGAGGUUUUUGCGGUGGAUUGGAGUCCAGAUGGUCAGAAGGUAGCCUCUGGUGGAAGGGACAGAGUAUUGAAAUUAUGGAUGAAUUAGAUUGAUGGAAGCAGGGAGAGCUGGGAGUGGUAACAGAAAUGGAUGCUGUUGGAUAAACACUGAUAGUAUGAAGAUGUGGCAUCCACCAUAAAGGAUUUGGAUUUUUUGAGGAAGGAGAUUGGCGAUCAUACUAUCCUUUGAAAGGUUUGACAGGUACUCCACGGUAGCAUGCCAACAGAAAGGAUUCCUUUUUUCAUGUCUGGAGAUUAUGCUAAGUUCUAUGCUGAUGGGUUUGAUGUGAAGCAAGUGCGGGACUGAAAUUGUCGACUUACCACUAAGCACUAAUGUUCGGGAGUUCAGAUGAUAGGCUUCAAUUUGUAAAGCAUGAAAUUACUAGUAACUUAUGGUCCAAUGUCUGAGACUCUCUUACCAAAAAAGAAAAAAAAAUGUCAGGACUCUGUUUUUUAGAAUUUUGAAUGUUUAAAAUGAGACUUAUUUAUGUCGAUACCAUUUA